AUGAUUGAUGAUGCUGGGGGGUGGUCUGUUGUGUACAAAACUAGCUCCUACUCUAUCAAAGCUAUGUAUCAGAGGUUAUUGGGGCCAUAUGAGAAAUUCAGAUGGCGAAGGCUUAUCUGGCAGAACAAGGCUUCUCCAAAAAGCUUAUUCAUUGCUUGGGUGGCUAUUUGGGGUAGACUUCCUACUCUUGAUAGGCUGUUAAGGUGGAAAGUGGUGGAUAGCAACAUUUGCCCUUUGUGUAGCAAUCAACCAGAAUCUAUUCAGCAUCUGUUUUUUGAGUGUGGUUAUUCUGCAGCCAUUUGGUCUUAUGUUUUGAGAAGCUUGCAGUUUACCAGAACAGUGGGGAAGUUUGAUUAUGAAAUGACUUGGAUGAUGAAAGCUGCAAAGAGAACAGGAGAUAGGUUUAAGCUGUUGAUCACCUAUUUUGAUGAAUGUAUCUAUGGUGUAUGGCUGCAAAGGAAUGCUAAGGUGUUCACUGGUUCUUGCAGAAGCCCUCAUGAAAUGCUGAAGGAUAUCAAGUUUAGAGUAGCUUGUAGGGCUACUGAUAGUCAGCAGCAGUUGCUGCUUGAUUAG